AUGUCAAACCACCCAAUAUCUCAAAAAGCAUCUGUUGCUCUGGGCUUAUUGCAUCGGGCAAUCAAUCUCAGCCACGACAGUUUUUAUGAAGAGAACAUAAAACUAGUUAAGCAGAUGCUUAAAAAUAAUAACUAUCCACCUGAGUUUAUAGAUAUAUGUGUAAAUAAAUUUAAACAGAACCAGGACAGAGUCAGAAUGUCCGAAAACAAGUAUUUUUUCAAAUUUCCCUACGUUAGAGGGUUAUCACAACAUAUCUUGAGGGCAUUUGUUGGUACUGAAUGGAAACCAGCUAACUAUAACAUCAAAACAGUUGGAAAUAUAUACACGAGACUAAAGGACAAAGUUAAUGAAGAUCUCAUGUCCGAGCUGGUCUAUGCUAUACCAUGUGAAUGUGGAAAGAAAUACGUGGGACAAAUCAAACAGUACUUAAAAAAUAGAACUAAUCAACAUCGUCUGGAUUGUCGACCAGUGAACAUCUUAAAGAGUGAGCAGACGGCGUUAGCACGGCAUCACUUCGAUACUGGACAUAAUUUCGACUUUAGUAGUGUUUCUAUUUUAGAUAGGGAAGACAAUUACCUUAAGAGAAGUGUUAGUGAGAUGGUGUUUAUUUAUUUGAAUGACACUGUUAAUUUGAAAACAGAUUUGAACAAACUAAGUUACUUGUAUAAUGUUUUAAGAAUGUGUCACGUCGCUAAGAGCGAAAGACUGGUAUGUGAACUUCAGCGAAGAAUUAAUGUGUGGAUAAGGGAACCUUUUGGAACAUUUAAAGAAUAA